GUCAAUAAACUUCGUUCCUAGCCUGCCGGGUUUCCUCAGUUCAUUGUGUGAUACGUUUCAGGUCGUUUCUGUGCGGACUAGACGCUCGUUGAAGUGCAAUCGUUUCUUUACUUGUGAAACUCCUUGUGAUAAUAUCAUCUUAGCUAUGGCAAAGGUCGGAAUUAACGGAUUCGGUCGUAUCGGCCGCUUGGUGCUUCGUGCUGCCUUGUCCAAGGGAGUCGAGGUCGUUGCUGUCAAUGAUCCCUUCAUUGAUGUGGACUACAUGGUCUACAUGUUCAAGUACGAUUCCACUCAUGGACGCUACAAGGGCGAGGUGCACAAGGACGGAACUGAUCUCGUCGUCGAUGGCAAGAAAAUCAAAGUUUUCGGUGAACGCGAUCCCUCGAACAUCGCAUGGGGCUCUGUGGGUGCCACGUACGUCGUCGAGUCCACUGGAGUGUUCACUACUAUCGAGAAGGCUGGGGCACAUUUCAAGGGAGGCGCAAAGAAGGUCAUCAUCUCUGCACCGUCUGCCGAUGCGCCCAUGUACGUUAUGGGAGUCAACCAUGACAGUUAUGACCCGAAGAACAACGUUGUCUCAAAUGCCUCGUGCACGACCAACUGCCUGGCUCCGCUUGCGAAGGUUGUCCACGACAACUUCGAAAUUGUUGAGGCACUCAUGACCACUGUUCACUCCAUCACCGCCACUCAAAAGACGGUUGAUGGGCCGUGUGGAAAGACAUGGCGCGAUGGUCGUGGAGCUGCCCAGAACAUCAUCCCAGCCAGCACAGGUGCUGCCAAGGCUGUCGGCAAGGUCAUCCCGUCAUUGAAUGGCAAACUCACUGGCAUGGCUUUCCGCGUGCCGACGCACGAUGUGUCCGUGGUUGAUCUCACGUGCCGCCUGGGCAAGGAAUGCUCGUAUGACGAGAUCAAGGCGGUGCUGAAGGCGCAGGCUGAGGGCCCGCUCAAGGGAAUCUUGGGCUACACCGAGGACGACGUCGUGUCCUCUGUGAAGUAACCGCUGUGAGUGAGCAGGUAGAAGCUGCGGUUCCGGCCGUAGGUCAACUUGUUCUUGAAACAGUUCGAAUAAAGCACCAUUCACUCUACGGCAUCGAAUUUGGCUACUCGUGCAGAGUCGUCG